AUGCAUCGAACAUAUUCCAUGCGCCAAUCGCGCGCUCCUACAGCUUCUCAAAUUGAGAACCCUCCGCCGCCGCCGUCUUCCACAAAAAGUGGCCGGCUGUUCGGCCGGGGCAACUUUGGACAUGCUUUCCGAAAGGGCACGGCGGGCGCAUUUGGGCCAGAUCUGGCCAAGAAGCUCUCCCAGCUCGUCAAGAUGGAGAAAAACGUCAUGCGCAGCAUGGAAUUGGUAGGCCGAGAGCGAAUGGAGGUUGCCCAACAACUCUCCCUCUGGGGCGAAGGCUGCGACGAGGAUGUUAGUGAUGUUACCGACAAGCUAGGCGUUUUGAUCUACGAGAUCGGCGAACUGGAGGACCAGUUCGUGGAUCGCUAUGACCAAUACCGCAUAACCAUCAAGUCGAUCCGCAACAUUGAAGCCUCUGUCCAGCCGUCGCGAGACCGCAAGCAGAAGAUCACAGACCAGAUUGCGCAGCUCAAAUACAAAGAACCCAACAGUCCUCGAAUUGUCGUCCUGGAGCAGGAACUCGUCCGGGCUGAGGCCGAGUCACUGGUCGCCGAAGCGCAACUCUCCAACAUCACGCGCGAGAAGCUCAAGGCUGCUUUCAAUUACCAAUUUGAUGCGGUUCGCGAACACUGCGAAAAGGUGGCCAUUAUUGCUGGCUACGGGAAGCAUCUGUUGAAUCUCAUCGACGAUACUCCUGUCACUCCCGGCGAGACGCGCAACGCCUAUGACGGAUAUGAGGCUUCCAAGGCCAUCAUUCAGGAUUGCGAAGAUGCCUUGACGAACUGGGUCUCGUCCACGGCGCAGGUCAGCGCCAAGCUUUCCACCCGCUCACGCACGCUCAGCCAGAGAAGGAGAGCCAGCGCCCACAAGGGCGAGGGAGUCGAUCUGGCCAGCCAAGACCCACCGAUGAAGAAUGAUCGCGACGGCUGGGUUCCCGCAGGCCAACACGGCGAAUAUGAGCAGGAGGAGGAAGAGGAGGAGGAAGAGGAAGAAGAGGAAAGACCGCAGCAGACCAAUGGUCAACAUGCCGUGGCAGCUUAA